AUGAACUUUGUAAAGAUCCUGUGCGUCGUCUUAGCGCUCAUGCUGGCUUUGAGCAUGGCGAGUGCCGCGCUUGAACCCAAACGGAAGGUCUUCAAAAUAAUUGAGAAGAUUGGUCGCAAUGUCCGCGGUGGAGUCAUUACGGCAGGACCAGCCGUGGUGGUCGUUGGACAAGCGGCAUCCGUCGGAAUGUGA